AUGUCCGCCGUCCCGAAUGACCGGCUCGCCACAAGCCCGGAUCCUCUCAUACCGUUCGAGCGCAGAGAACAUGGAUGGGGGAUAUGGGAGACUUAUAGAAAGGCGGUAACGCUGGAGAGGAACGAACUGGGCGAUUAUUCUGCCACUACCAUGACCGGUGUUCUGACCUUCACCGGGUUAUUUGCUGCAACAGUGGCGGCCUUUUUGAUCGAGAGCUACAAGACACUCUCACCUGAUUCUGGCGCUCAAAGUGUGGCCCUGCUCUCGCAACUUGUGACUGCCGCCAAUGGCAAUGGUACACGCAUAGACUCAGAUCCGAUGCCUUUCGAGGCGUCAGAUACAUCCGUCAUGAUCAACAUUCUGUGGUUCAUCGCCCUUGUUGUCUCCCUUGCAAGCGCUCUGCUGGCAACACUGGUGCAGGAAUGGACGAGGGAUUUGAUCCGGGCGCAAGCUCGCUUGGCGGAUGUGCAAUCGGAAAAGAAAUGUGUGGAACAUCUGGGAUAUUAUAUGGGUGCAGAAGCCUAUGGCUUACAUCGCCUUCCCUCCUUGGUGGUCGGUCUCAUGCAUGCUGCCGUUAUACUGUUCCUGAUUGGGCUGGACAUAUUUCUGUUUACCAUCCAUAGGCGCCUUGCUCUUGUUGUCUCGGCAGUCACGGGGGCCAUAGCAUUUGUCUACAUUGUUGCCAGCAGCAUUCCCCUAUUCCGUGUGGCGUGUCCGUAUCGCACACCCAUGACAGACUUCCUCUUCGUGUUCAUAGGCAUCCCGGCCCUAGGUCUAUCCUCCUUGCUACUAUACGUCAUGUACGCCAUAGCUGUGGGGAUACACAGAGUCACCGACGGGCCUCUCGAACCAUGGACUACUUGGUCUCUUCACCCCAUCCACUUUUUCGACGUGAUGACAGCACCCCUAACUGCACUCAGAGCCUGGCGCGGAACGAAAUCCUACUUCACUCUUCGGAAGACUGACAAGUCUAUCCGCCUCUUCACCCAUGUAUCAAAUGCCAUUCGCAGCGGCAAUGGCAACGCUGAGCAACAUCCACUCGUGAGCCCUGAGCAGAUGGUAUUUGUUUGGGAUCGGGUCUGGGAAUAUGCUCUAGCCCACGCUCCCGCUCUCCAUUAUUUUGGGGGUGUGCUUGCAUAUGCAAGGGAACCUGUCAUCGACAGCCUUUUCACCGGAUGGCGGAACGACCCAGAGUUUGUCGCCAAGGUCGCGGAGUCUCUCGACUACGUGAACUCGCCGUACUCCGCAACCGCAGCAUUACGCUUGCUCCAACUAUUGUUCCAAGCGGAAGCACCAGAGGACCGUGUUAUGCAGCAGCGCUCAAAGGGGGCACACCGGUGGGAGUGCACCGCAUGCAUCUUCAAGGUCUUCCCGCAGUUUGCCGCGAAGCUAGAGCUAUUGAUGGCACAGGCAAAGGAGGAUCAGGACUCAUCCUUGCCCGCUGCAUUGGCCAGUUUUCGGCUCACACUUUUGCGUCUUCUGAAUACUGUCCCAUCAUAUACUGAGGAAGCAGGCUUACCGGAUGGACGGGACUCAAUCAGACUUGUCUUUCGUGAAUUACAGCGAUACGAACACACGAAGCUGUUGCCCUUGGCUGUACACGACACAGACCAGGUGGAAGACCUCUUUGUUAGGCAAGAUUGGCACCUUCUUCUGGAGUUGUCAUCCCGCAAUGCUCUCACACUGAUUGACGCUGCAAAUAAAUGCCAUUGGCACGGCUCCUGGAGCAAUCCCGAUGGGCAAUUCCUUCCUGUCAACGCGGCAGGUGUAUUCGACUGGCGGAAGAUGAACGCAGGCACCGUUGAGAGGCGCCAGAAGCCCUCUGCAUCUGGCCCCUUCCGAGAUCUCCUAGCCGGAGUUGGUUUACAAGGGUGGCUGGAGCCAAAUUCUCAAUUUUUGGACCCCGAAUCAGGAGAUCUCGAUCCUUCUUUCGGUCUGGCUGUCAGAGCCCUCCGUGACCUCGCGUGUGCGGUCGAGAUCUGUCCAACAUCCGCAGAUGCUCACGCUCAGCCGAUGUGCCUCGAGCAAGGGCGUCUCGAGCACGGGCCGCUUGAACCAGCGCCCGAUGAACAGACCCCCUCCCCAACACCUAUUCAACCCUCACCCCGUCACCGUCGCCAGUUUCCAGCAUCCCACAAUGCAGGCAUGUCAAGGACAUACCACACAGUGGCUACACCGUUGGGGAAUGUCUAG